AUGCCCUAUCGCGUUUUUCUCGGUGCGCCGUCAGCUCAAGACUUAGCGAACAUAGAUUCCUCUGCGGCAUCUGCGUACCAUUGGCAAACUGUAUCGUCCAGUUCUCGUCUACCCUCCAAAACUUCGUCGACACGUUUCAUUGGAACACAAUCUUUUAUUCUUCCUCCUGCCACUCUCGAAGCGGCCAGCAGGAGAAUCUCACUCAUAUACCAGAAUGUAAUUUUCGAUGAGAGUAAAGACGAAGAAGGCGAUUCACUCUUGGAAGAGGACGAUUUGAGGCACGGGAAUGAGUCUCGGAAACUUGGAGACCAAACCACCCUAAUUACAUGGCCUCCAACCGCGGAGAGCCGGAGAGAAAAGAGCAAAGACGCACCCUCCUUGCUCAACUCUCAAUCCCAACUGGCCUCUAAUGAAUCCCAACAACAGCAAUUCCUGGAAACCCAGGAUGAAUCGGGGUUCGACGAGUCCAUCGGAUACUCCGACGCGUCUUCUAUUGCUCGUUUUCCGACCUUCCAUUUCAAUCUGCACGACGUCACCCCUUUAGCCCAUCUGGCGGGCGCAAAAUCGCGCAAAGUCUCACUAGUCGUCGUGGCUAUUCUUGAAGUCGAAGGCCCCGAUUCGAUACGGAUAAAGAAAGGUCCCGACGCGGGCAAGGAGGUUUCCAUCUUGAAAGUGAUACUUGGUGACGAGGCCGGCACAGUGUGUAAACUCACUGCAUGGAGGGAGGUCGCGGAAACCUGGGGUGGAGAUAUGAAGCGGGGGGAUGUCGUCUUCAUUGAGAGUGCUUAUACGUUCUUUGUCUACGACCAAUCACUUACCCACUGUACCGAUACAGAUGUAACAGCGACUUCAGUCCCCAACACCUCCCCAACCCUGACGGCGUCGCCUAACCUCAAGUCUACGAUGACGAUUUGUUACCGCACUAUGCCUUACACGCAUGAAGAUAAUAGGCUCAGACCUGAUCUGCGACUUGGGGACAGCGAUCCGUGCGUACGAAAGGUUGCAGCUGCCGUGAGGUGGUUUGAGAAGAUGGCUGGGCUACCAAGCAAAGCGUGA